AUGGCGUCCGCCCCGUCCUUCCCUUCUCCUGCGCCCUAUAUACACCGCGUGAACUGGGCCGCGGGCUACGCGCGGAAGGACGCCCUGACUAACUUUAAGGAAGGCGGCCCAACGAAUGUCCAACGCCAUCACAAACAUCACCAGACCGGCAUGGCACGCAUCAACCUUGAACUCUCCAAGUCCGCCUCACCCCAAACCUCCCUGAUUCACGGUCGCCUGCUUAGCUUGUUGCGAUAUGGCGGUCCCGAACGUGUUGGUCCAGCCGUGACGCUUCUGAUGAACACUGACGCCCUGCUCCAGGGUGUUCUUCCCAUGCCUUGA